AUGUUGGAAAGACAUGAACGCCAUCCCAGUGGAGAUUUUUGCUUCAGGGAAAUUCAGAAAUGUGUCUAUGACUUUGAGUUUCAGUGGAGAAAUGAAGAGCAAAAUGACAACACAGUACCUUUGACAAAAAAAGAUAAUUUUACUGGUAGUAGAGAUCAAUGUGAUAUAAGGGAUGCUAAAAACAAGUCUAUUACAAAUGAGCUUGGGUUAAGCUUUCAGUCAUAUCCUCCUGAACUACAUGUAUUUGAAACUGAUGGAAAAAUUUGUCAUCAAAGUGAAAAAUCUGUUAUUAGUGGUUCCUCAGAUUCAACACCCCAAAGAAUUUCUUCUAGGCUCAAUAUCCAUGUUUCUUAUCAAUAUGAGAAUAAUUUCACCCAUUCUUCAAUACUCACAGAAAAACAGAAAGCACAUCUUAGAGAAAAACGUUACAAAUGUACUGAAUGUGGCAAAUCUUUCAUUUAUGUCACACACCUUAGUAUACAUCAGACAAUCCAUUCUGGAGAGAAACAAUAUAAAUGUGAUGUAUGUGGCAAGGCCUUUAAUCAGAAAUCAAACUUGGCAAGUCACUAUAGAGUUCAUACUGGAGAGAAACCAUAUAAAUGUAAGCAAUGUGACAAAGUUUUCAGUCGUAAUUCACACCUUCAAAGACACUGGAGAAUUCAUACUGGAGAGAAACCUUACAAAUGUAAUGAAUGUGGCAAAGUCUUCAGUCAAGAAGUAAACCUUGCAAGUCAUCAGAGAAUCCAUACUGGAGAGAAACCAUACAAAUGUAAUGAAUGUGGCAAAGUCUUCAGUCAACCCACACUCCUUGCAAAUCAUCGAGGAAUUCAUGCUGGAGAGAAACCAUAUAAAUGUAAUGAAUGUGGCAAAGUAUUCAGUAGGACUGCGACCCUUGCAGUUCAUCAGAGAAUUCACACUGGAGAGAAACCCUACAAAUGUAAAAUGUGGCAAGGUCUUCCGUCACAGUUCACACCUGACCAAUCAUGGGAGAAUCCAUACUGGAGAGAAACCUUACAAAUGUAAUAAAUGUGGCAAGGUCUUUACACAAACUUCACACCUUGCAUUACAUCACAGAAUUCAUACU